AUGGGUUCAUCUGGCGAGCUUUUUGUUCCUUUGCAGUCUCAGUCCCGCUAUGACUCACUGACGGAUGACAAAAGACGCCUUGAAGAAUCACUAAAGAAUCUUGAGCAGAGAGUGAUUGCAAUGCAGCAUGAUAUGGUCACGUUAAAAGAGAGAAAAGAACAACCAAUCACGAUCAAUCAGCCAUCGCCACCACAACAGCCUCCAGCUCCUCCUCCACAGCCGCAACCAAGCACACCAACGCAGACAAUCCACAUUCCAAUUCCAACUUUCAUUCCCAUUCAGCAACCUGCUUCUCCAACACCGGCUGCGCAGCCACCACCAUCACCGACUCCUGUUGCUCCACAGCAUAACGUGCAAAAUCUAAAAGACAAGAUUAAAACGCUUAAAAAAGAGAAGGAAGAUCUGACACAGAAACUGCAAAUGACACAGAGUGAUCUUAGAGAUGCAACAAGAGAAAAUAACAUUCUUCAAAAGCAGAUCACGGAUUUGGAGAAAAUCCUUGACAAGUUAAAUGAUAAACUGGAGCAGGAAAACAACAAUUUGCAAAAAACGAAAGAGCAGCUUGAUGAUGAAAAGCAAAAAGGAAGGAGAGCCGAAGAUCAACUAGAAGGAGAGAAGAGAAAGACAGAAGACCUGAAGAAAGAGCUUGGGGACAAAACACAGCGGUACGAGAAGGAAAUGAGAGAACUGCAAGACAAACUGGACCACGCUGGCAAAGUUAUAGCAACACUGGAAAGCAGUCAGUAUACAGAUAAUCAAAUAUAUCAAAAUGGAACAGCCAAUCAAGAGCAGCAGCUAAGUUCUUCGAAACAAAAGCAGCAGAAGCAACGAAAAGCAUCCCGUCAACCGGUUGAAGAAAUGAUAAAUGCAUCCGAAUCCGGACCGUUAUACGAGUCUUCCCCGGAUUGGAAUUUUCCGGAUGAGGAAGAACAGCAUGCUCCAAUGGAUGUUUUUCUAACCGAAAAUGAAUUCGACUAUCCGGAGCCGGUUAAAGGCAAUGAUCAAUCCCAGGAUACUUUGAAAAUCAAGGAGCUUGAAGACGAAAAGCAAGAUCUUCAGAAACGACUAAGUGAGGCAAAAUUCGCACUGGAUGACUAUACAUCAAAAUUAGACAACCAGGUAAGAGAAUAA